AUGGCGAACCCAUCGAGUUUGUGGCAUACAGCCGGCCGUGUCGCACAGUCGACAGGCCGCUCGCUAGCUACACCUUCGCUCACAUCGCAAUCUACCGCCCGUUUCUCUACAUCGGCACAUCUUUGUAAACGCAAGCGACGUGCGACAAACCGCGACAACAACCCGAACCGCGGCGUGUCUUCAAUCUAUCGAUCCGGACCCCGCGAGCCAUUGUCCAUGUCUGACAUUCCGUUACCGCGCCCGAGAGAAUUCACGCCCAAAGUCGAGGUGGACAAGGACCAUGGUCUCUGGGGGUUCUUCCCACAGCCGGGGACAUGCCUCAUGACCCCAGAAGAAACCGAGAAAUAUGGACGAUCAUGGACAGCCGAGGAGUUGAGGCGCAAAGGAUGGGAAGAUUUGCACAAGCUUUGGUGGCAGUGCUGCCGAGAGCGCAACAUGCUCUCUACGAGCAUCAAAGAACUGAAGAGGUCCAAGCUUGGCUUUGGUCAGUCGGAAUUGGAACAACGCGAUCUCACGGUCCAAGCGACAAUGCGCAAUAUCAAGGCCGUGCUCACAGAACGUUACUACACCUGGGAGGAUGCCCAGGCGGUAGCAGCCACCGACCCCGAAAUAGAUCUACAAGCCGUCGAUGGCUCAGCGUACAACCCGGGGUCGUAUGUCGAUGAGUUUGAAGCCAAUGAGGACGCCUGGGCAGGGAAGAAAGACACUCUCCCCGAUGCUCCUGAGUUUGACGACCCGGCAAAGGAAGAGACCAAAGCCGAGAAAAAGCUGCAGUCAUGA